AUGUCAUCAAGGCAGGCUGCACUGUCGCUCUACCGCCGCUCUUUGAAGCUCGCCCUCGACUGGUCGGUACAACGUCAUCUCUGGCGUGGCCAGGCUCUCUACAUUCGCUCGCUGUUCGAGAAGAACCGGGACGUUAGCGAUCCGAGAUUGCAACGGGUACGCAACUGA